CCGGUGGUCAUCUGGAGGCACAGAGGGAAACCCAUAGAGAAAGGAAGAGAAGCAGGAGGGAGAGAGGAAGAGACACAUAUAUAUUCAGCUGAUGCGCAGGAGGAUGAGCCGAGACUGAACACUACAGAGCUGACACCGUCCCCACAUCCCAGGGUGGCAGCAAGGUGACCAAAUCAGCUCUACUCUCAGCUCUUCCCUCAGUCCUACUCUCAGUCCUACUCUCCUGCCAACCAUCAGCCGCUUCCUCCCAUCCCUCCUCCGGGCGAUCAAUGGGCUGAAUCUGCAGCAGCAGCAACACCAGAAGCAACACCAGAAGCGAGAGCAGCGUUAUCCUUCCCCAUCUCCCCCUCCUCCUCCUGCUGCUGCUCCCACCCUCUCCCCCUCUCAGUCUCCUCUCCUCCCUUCUUUCCUCUCCCUUCCCUCGGUGAUGGUGAGGCUUCAGCUGGAUCCAAUCCACCACUAGGCCCCAAGCUCCCCUCCCAACUCGGUGGCUGCCCUCCUCUUCCAGACUCCGCUCAUAAUUACCUCCAUAAAUAAUAAAAUCUUGCUGCUACAAUUUUAAGUCCACAUCUAAGUGCGUAUUUCAGACACACGUCUAUUGCCGUCAUGAAUGAAGUAAGCAUCGUGAAGGAAGGCUGGCUGCACAAAAGAGGUGAAUACAUAAAGACCUGGCGUCCCCGCUACUUCCUCCUCAAAUCUGACGGUACUUUCAUUGGGUACAAAGAGCGUCCACAAGAUGUUGACCAGUUGGAAACUCCUUUAAAUAAUUUCUCUGUAGCCAAAUGUCAGCUGAUGAAGACAGAACGACCAAAACCAAACACAUUUAUCAUUCGGUGCCUCCAGUGGACCACAGUAAUUGAAAGAACAUUUCAUGUGGAUUCUCCAGAGGAGCGGGAAGAAUGGAUUCAGGUGAUACAACAUGUAGCCGACAACCUCAAGAAGCAGGAAGAAGAAAUGAUGGAGGUUCGGUCCGGCGACUCGCCAAGUGAUAAUUCUGGAGCUGAGGAAAUGGAAGUUUCUCAUUCGAAACCAAAACAUAAAGUUACAAUGAAUGAAUUUGAGUAUCUCAAGCUUUUGGGGAAAGGAACGUUUGGAAAAGUUAUUUUAGUAAAAGAGAAAGCAACGGGACGAUAUUACGCUAUGAAAAUUUUAAAAAAAGAAGUUAUUGUUGCAAAGGAUGAAGUAGCCCACACGCUUACGGAAAACCGCGUCCUACAGAAUUCUAGGCAUCCCUUCCUAACAGCAUUAAAAUAUUCUUUUCAGACUCAUGAUCGCUUAUGUUUUGUGAUGGAGUAUGCCAAUGGAGGAGAGUUAUUCUUCCACUUAUCAAGAGAACGUAUAUUCUCUGAAGAUCGUGCCCGGUUUUAUGGGGCAGAGAUUGUUUCUGCUUUAGAUUAUCUUCAUUCUGAGAAAAAUGUAGUUUACAGAGACUUGAAGUUGGAAAAUCUAAUGCUGGACAAAGACGGACACAUAAAGAUAACAGAUUUUGGACUGUGCAAAGAAGGAAUAAAAGAUGGGGCAACCAUGAAGACCUUCUGUGGAACACCAGAAUAUCUUGCUCCUGAGGUGCUAGAAGAUAAUGACUAUGGUCGUGCUGUAGACUGGUGGGGCUUGGGCGUAGUGAUGUACGAGAUGAUGUGCGGGCGCCUCCCUUUCUACAAUCAAGACCAUGAAAAAUUGUUUGAACUUAUUCUUAUGGAAGAAAUUAGAUUCCCACGCACUUUAUUGCCAGAAGCCAAGUCUUUGCUGUCUGGUUUGUUGAAGAAGGACCCUAAGCAAAGGUUAGGUGGUGGGCCAGACGAUGCAAAAGAAAUCAUGCAACACAAAUUUUUUGCUGGAAUAGUAUGGCAAGAUGUUUAUGAGAAGAAGCUUGUUCCCCCAUUUAAGCCACAAGUAACGUCAGAAACAGACACAAGGUAUUUUGAUGAAGAAUUCACAGCGCAGAUGAUCACCAUCACACCACCUGACCAAGAUGACAAUUUCGAAUUUGUAGACAACGAGAGGCGGCCGCACUUCCCCCAGUUUUCAUACUCUGCUAGUGGAAAUGCUUAGCUCUUCAGCAACGGUUUCUUUUCCAUUGCAACACAGACAUCAAUUUUUGGGGCACCUAAGAUCAUCAGACUUUGUACAGUACUUUCAAUAGCCUACGAGUUACAAACUAUGUUUGUAUGACCAUAAAGAAGGAGUUAAAAGAAUGUCUGAAAAUGAAGUCUGUAUGUGAACCAGUUCUCUCAUUACACAUCUGAACCCUUGAAAGCUUUCUCACGUACGUAUCGCAGGACAUACACGCGGCAACGGUCAUAUCAUGUGGCGGAUGAUUCCACGCAGUCUGAGAAUGUGCUCAUCAGCCGAACAAAUGAAGAGUGAGCAUAUCAUAAAUUCCAAAAAAAAUGAAUAUCUUCGGUUAUCCCACAACGUCGGCAACAUUUGCUUUUUUUUUUUUUUUUUAUUAUAAUUAUUUUUAACUUAUUUCAUAGAUUUAAAUAUUCAAACUGUGGGCAAUUGGAUUGUAGUUAGGAAAUAUUAAAAGGUAUAGUAGAUAGUGCAAUAAUAGAAAAUGAACAUGUUUUGAGUACUUUAGUCACUUUUUAUAACCGUGAAAUGUCAUUGAAUGGCAAACCAACGAGAGGACCAGCAUUUAUAGCCUCAGUGAGGUAUAUAAUCAAACAAGAGUUCUUAUCUUGCUGUAGAAAGACAAUACAUAUCAGUCAGGCUUAGCAAAGUGAGUGUAUCUCUUCUCCAGUCCCUGCUUGAUGAGAUUUUGGGUUUGCUGCCAGUACCUCCACAGCUAGAAUCCCUAAUGGUAAAUCUAAUACCGCCAUUAUUUUCAGGCGAUGUCUGUACUGCAACUCUCAGCGCCCCUGUUCGACACCCCACCAAACACGCCCCAUCCAUAUUGAAGAGCAUGAGUCUAAAUAACUUCUCAAACAAUGUUGAAACCCUACCUGAAAGGAAACUGCAGACCUACUUCACUGUCUGUUUCCCGAAACAAAAAACAAAAUGAGGAGAGCUGAGGUUCGGAAGAAUAAUGCUACGUCUUUAUGAAUAGUGGGAUCGUUUCUCGUGCUUAAAAUCUUUUCACUUCAAUCACAUAACGUAACGGAAGUCUGAAACCGUCCUUCUUUGGAACGACAGCUCCAAGCGCUUAAAGAUGUUUAAUGUACUAUAGGAGAGGUCUUGAAAGUGAAAUGAAAAAUAAAAUGCUUGUUGUGUGUUACAUGUAGGGAGUUUUAAGAGAUGUCAUUUAAAGCAGCGUACUCGGGAGAAACAAUGGGUUAUUCUGCCAUUGCUCCUCCAUCCACCUCACCAAAUGAAGUUCAAAUACAAGUUGCAUUGAUAAUAGUUCUCUUUGAUUAUUUAUGGAUACGUUUCCAGGGCAUGAUAGGUAUUUAGGUAUAUGCUGUUAUUCAGUAGGAUGGAAAGAACUCUUCUGUGCAUCAUUACUUACGGAUUACUAAUCUUACUAGGGAUGUACCGAAAUCCACAAUUUUGGAUUCCGCCGAACCCCUCAGGGCAAAGACACACGCCCGACAAAUCGCCUCUUUUUCGGGUGACUAAUCUCCCCGAACUUCCUUCCCACAGGCUAGGAUCUCAAAGUGAUUCGUUUUCCGAAGUCUCACGAGGAAACUUUGGACGACAUCGCUCCGAGUGCCAUCUCGCUGCUAAUUUAGAUUCCAGCUGGCGGGAAAGCAGUUCGGGGAGAUUAGUCGCCCAAAGAAGAGGCGAUUUGUCGCCGGGCGACUGAAUCGCCCCGAAUCUUUGCAUGUGUCUCUGCCCUAAAUCCUUUGUGAAAGAUUCAGCAAAAUUCCGAACCGAAUAAUUUGCAUAUGCAAAUCAGCGAGGGCGAAGGUGAAAGACAACAUGCAGCUAAACAAUUUUUUACUUCCUUGUUGUGUGAUUAAAAAGUCACAUGAUUUUAAGCAUUUGGUUUGACCAGGUACAAGGAUUUGGUUGAAUCCUGCUAAAAACGCCCGAAUCCUGGAUUCGGCGCAUCCCUAAAUCUUACCUUAGAAAUCUCACACGUUCAAUACUGCCCUCUUACAACCAGUAACAUGAGAUGAUUAAUGAAUGGGCCACUGAUAAAACCAGAUUCCAUGCUUGCGGCACAACCAGUAGUAUCUGCAUCUUCUCAUGGCUGGGCUGCAUGACCCUGAAAUUUGGACUUCUCAAGUAUAGCUAUAAUUUCUUGUGUUAUAAAAACAUGGAAAAAUCCCGUCCCUCCAUGCUAUAGUGAUCAUCAUCUUUAUACAAU